AUAUUUCGAGUUUAUUUUAGAUUUAAUUUAUCUGGAUAAUCCAACCCAACCACCACCCACAACAAUAAUAAUAAUAAUCUUUCGUCUCUGUGUAUUUUCAAGCAUGAGCACAACCGCCGCCAGUCUCAUUGAGGCGGCUCUAAAUGCCAGCAGCAGCUUAGCUGCUAGCAACGCAACAGUGACAACACCAACAACAGUGAAACCCAAUACCAAUUACGUUGUCCAAGUGAAGGAUCCAAUGAGUGCGCCCCUCGAGCCACUGCUCCAUGUGGGCGAUGGCAUAUUCCUGCAAACGAAGACCGCCCAGGUGCUAGCUGGUGUGUGUGUAUGGGCCGCACUAUUCAUCACCUGUCAACAGAUCUAUCAGCAUUUGCGCUGGUAUACAAAUCCACAGGAGCAGCGCUGGAUUGUACGCAUUCUGUUUAUUGUGCCCAUUUAUGCGACAUACUCGUGGAUCAGUUUGUUGUUCUUCAAUUCGGAUAAUGUCUAUAUAUACUUUUUCACAGUAAGAGAUUGUUACGAAGCCUUUGUCAUCUACAACUUCUUGUCGCUGUGCUAUGAAUACCUCGGAGGCGAGGGUAAUAUUAUGUCGGAGAUACGCGGCAAACCCAUCAAGACCUCGUGCCUGUAUGGCACCUGCUGCCUGAAGGGCAAAACCUAUACGAUUGGCUUCUUGCGCUUCUGCAAGCAGGCCACAUUGCAAUUCUGUUUGGUGAAGCCGCUGGUGGCAUUUAUCAUUAUAUUUCUGCAGGCCUUUGGGCACUACCACGAUGGUGAUUGGAGUGCCGAUGGUGGAUAUAUUUACAUCACAAUUAUCUACAACAUUUCCGUAUCGCUUGCCCUGUAUGGACUCUAUUUGUUUUACUUUGCCACGCGUGAUCUGUUGACUCCGUUCGAGCCCGUGCUGAAGUUCUGCACCAUCAAAUCGGUCAUCUUUUUAUCGUUCUGGCAGGGCGUGGGCCUGGCCAUACUGGAGAAGGCAAAUGUGAUCUCGCCCAUUGUGGACAGUGCGGGCACUGUGGCCACAGAGGCGGGCACUGUCUCGGCCGGCUAUCAGAACUUUUUCAUAUGCAUUGAAAUGCUUUUUGCUGCGAUUGCGCUGCGCUAUGCGUUCCCCUAUCAGGUAUAUGCACGCAGCUGCAUUAGCGAUGGCCAUGGACGUUCUGUCACCAUGCAGUCGAUUUCUAGCAGUCUAAAGGAAACUAUGAAUCCCAAGGAUAUUAUGACAGAUGCUAUACACAAUUUCCAUCCGCAAUAUCAGCAGUACACGCAAUACAGCUCAGGUGGCAAGAACUCGCGUGGCAUACGCGUCUCCAGCUACGAUCCCGAUGAUCCCAACUCUGGCGGCGGUGGAGCAAUGCAGGAGGCGACACAGCAGCAGCAGCUGACCAGCGGUGGCUACAAUGCAGUGGCCAGUGGACCACUGGCCUCCAAGACGCUGGGUAACCAAAGGAAAUUUGCACCCGGGGGACAGCGUGUGGCAACGAUUAGCCAGAACUACAAUGAGAAGACCAUGCUGCUAAGCAGCGACGAUGAGUACCAGUAGAAGCCGAAAAAGGGGAACACUUAGAGUUUCAAGGAACAUUUUUAUAAUUGAAUUUAUCUGUUGUAUUCCCAUUGAUUCGAAUUGAUUUUUUGAUUGCUUGUACAAUAAUCUUAAGUAGCGAAAAAAAAACAAAAACGAACCGCAAGAGAGCCGAGAGAGAGAGAGCAUUAAAACCCUAUAGACAAUUAAUGAUUGUACCACGAA